UCUGCCCCUCCGGCCCCUCCUUUCUAUUCAGCCGUCUCAACUCCAGCUGGCAUCCUUCAUCCUUGUUAAAUUUUCAGGCAACGAAAAUGGCUCGUGUUUUGGUCGGUGUGAAAAGAGUCAUCGAUUAUGCCGUCAAGAUCAGGGUCAAGCCUGACAAGUCAGGUGUAGUCACGGAGGGCGUCAAGCACUCGAUGAAUCCCUUCGAUGAAAUUGCUGUCGAAGAGGCUGUGCGCAUGAAAGAGAAGAAGUUGGCAGCCGAAAUUAUUGCAGUGUCCUGUGGACCAGCCCAGUCCCAGGAAACUUUGAGAACGGCACUUGCUAUGGGAGUUGAUAAGGCUAUUCAUGUCGAAGUCACGGGAAAAGAUUUGGAGACUCUUCAGCCUAUUCAUAUCUCUAAGAUUCUUGCCAAGCUUGCUCAGGAUGAAAAGGCUGACCUUGUCAUUGUUGGAAAGCAGGCCAUCGAUGAUGAUUGCAAUCAAACUGCUCAAAUGACGGCUGCUCUUUUAGAUUGGCCUCAAGGAACUUUUGCUUCAAAGAUUGAGCAAAGUGACGGCAGCUUGACUAUUGUCCGUGAAAUUGAUGGUGGACUAGAGACUGUGAAGGUUAAGACACCUGCCGUUAUCAGCGCAGAUUUGCGUCUCAAUGAGCCACGCUAUGCUACUCUUCCAAAUAUUAUGAAAGCUAAAAAGAAGCCUCUGAAGAAAGUGACACCAAAGGAUUUGGGCGUCGAAAUCAAGUCCCACUAUGACGUAGUCAGCGUCGAGGACCCUCCUGUCCGCCAAGCUGGUUCUGUCCUUCCCGAUGUUGACUCGCUUGUUGCAAAGUUGAAGGAAGGUGGAUUUGUUUAAGAAUCAUCUUGCGAAAUUUUCUUUCGAAGACGUUCAUACAAGAAUUAUUUUUGUAAACAGAAAAAAUGUUGCUCUAUCUACAGUUGUAAUAGAAAAAUUUCAGUGCCAUUGCUUUGAAAUAAAAUAAUUUGCUGUUCCUUAAACUAAAA